GAUUGAGAGUGUAUUCAAUUAAGUCAUCUCCAACCCAUCUUUCUUUUAAAAAAAAAAUGUAUCAGAAACCCUAGCGAACCUGUAAAUUUCAAUUUCAUAAUUAACGAACAAACAAAUCUUGAUUCAAAUCAAAGACGCGGAGAGAGCUUCCAAUGGCGUUAGCAAUUGCCUGUGGAGAAUCAUCGCCAUAUCAUUUCGGCAUUCUAAGGGUUCUGAAUCGAACCAUGGACUCCAUUAAGCACAACAUUGCUGAGUUUGUUAACGUUAUCUGUUCUCGGAACAAUGGUGUAGAUGCCAGUGUUGACGAUUUCAUUAUUAAACUGGGAGAAGAUUAUGAGUUGAGUGCUGAUCAUAUUUUCUCGAGAAAGAAUGAUGUUAGUGGGGAAAACGAUCCACAUGUUGUUUUUAAUGUGUUGGAUGCAAUGCUAAAGGACACUUUGGAUCGUUUCAAAUCAAUGAGGGAAAGCAUAUCUUUGGCCAAAAUCGGCUUUUUUAGCUUGACCAAGGAAACUAUUUGCCAGGACAAAUUCACAAUGAUUAGAGAUUUAUGUUUGGAUGGUAAAUUGGGAACAGCACUCUGUCUUCGAAAAAAGAUGAUGCAGAAAGGUGUUAUUCCUGAUGUACUUACACACAAUUAUAUUCUGAAUGGACUCUGUAAAAAUGGUGACUUGGAAAAGGCAGAUGAGCUAAUUAGGGAUAUGCUUAGGUUGGGUCCUUUUCCCAACUGUGCCACUUACAAUAGUUUUAUUAAGGGUUAUUGCCUCGUCAAUAAUUUGGAUAAAGCUCUGUACCUGUUUUCCACUAUGACUAAUAGUGGUAUUAGGCCAAAUAGAGUUACUUAUAACAUAAUUAUACAUGCACUGUGCAAAGAGGGCCUUUUGGAUGAUGCUACGAAGCUUCUUAAUAAUAUAUUAUCUGAUAGGGAUAUUAAGAAAACACCAGAUUUGAUUACCUCAACUAUACUUAUGGAUGGUUAUUUUAAAAAUGGAAAUAUUGCUCAGGCUCUUGAUCUUUGGCAUGAUGUGGUACAAAAGAAGAGCGAAGUAGAUGUUGUUUCCUACAAUGCCCUUAUUAAUGGGCUGUGUUUGAGCGGAGAGAUGAACCUUGCUUAUGGAUACUUUUCUGAAAUGAUUAAGAGAGGGUUAUCUCCUGAUGUUUUUACAUACAAUACACUUAUAAGUUCUCAUUGCAAAGAAGCCCAAUUCAAAGAGGUUUUUUAUAUCUACAACAUUAUGUCUAGAACUGGAGUUGCUCCUGAUGAAAUUUCAUUCAAAAUGAUUAUUCAAGGCUUAUGUAUUAACGGAGCCGUUGUCAAAGCUAAUGAACUUUUUCUUCAUAUGAUGGAGAAGUCAAUGAUGCCUAACACUCAUAUAUGGAAUCUUAUGAUUGAUUGUUAUGGAAGAUGUGGAGAUAUUAAUCGAGGCUUCUCCUUGAAAGAUCAGAUGUUGGCCUGUGGUGUUCGACCAAAUGUGUAUACCUACAAUGCGUUGAUUCAUGCCCUCGUAGAAGGGGGAAACAUUAUUGAUGCAUAUUCUCUCAAACAGGAGAUGCCUUUCUAUGGUCUUUCUCCUGACGUGGUUACUUACAAUUUAUUGAUAGGUGCUGCUUGUAGAUCAGGCCGCCUUCAAUUUGCUAUUCAUUUAUGUGAUGAAAUGUUGAGAAUGGGAUACGAGCCAGAUAUAAGAAUCUACACGGAAUUAAUCAGGGGUUACUGUAUCAAGGGUAAUGUGAAGGAGGCAGAAGAACUAUUUGCAAAGAUGGUGGAUUCAGGUUUACCAGUUGAUCAUGUUCCAUAUAAGAUACUUAUCAAUAAGUACUGCAGAAUAAGGGAGCUCGACAAGGCGUUUAACCUGUACAAUAAGUGGUUAGAAAGUGUAAAAUGAGUUUCUCUUCCAUAAUAACUGCCCAUAAGCAUAUUGGAAACUUCACUUCAGAAAUAAUGCCAUUCUGGAUUGCAAAGUCAAAUUUCCUUGCUCCAAAUCCAAGGAAAUCUGUUCUACUGAUUCAUUUUUUCCUACAAGGAAAUCUACGACAUUCCAAGAGUUCGAAUCCGAUCCUCCCCUUAUCAAAUGGCGACAAUGAAAUCACUCUUCUGCUACAGCUUUCUCUAGCUUUUUCUAUCAGGUGGUGUGACAACUAUAAAAUCUUGUGCAUGCACACUUGAUCAGGAAGUUCAAAGUAAUUCCAUUUAAACGAGUUCAAUCCUAUGUCAUGCUUUCAGUUUAUGACUGUAAAAUGCGAAAAUCUUGCAAUAUAUUUUAGCACAUGGGCUGAUAUGACCCCGGUCAAUCCUGCUCUUGCAUCUUAACAAGGGGGGUGGAAUUGAUCUGAUCUUUGCUCUUCAUCUAAGUCAAAUCUUUUCAAUAGCUACUCCUGGAGUGCUGUUUGUCACAAGCUUUUGAAAUUCCGGAUAAUCUCUGUGUGAUGAAGUCCUAAUGCAGUGGAUAAUCUUCAAUUCAACUGGAGCUUAAUGUUAUCCCUAUAACUGUUCAGAAGUUCUCGAGAGGAAGCCAACAUAGGGUCUCUCGCUUCUUUCGCCACAAGCAGACACUGCCAAUCUUUCAUCUUCAGUUCAUCGUUGGCGAUAUACGUUGCAGUAUACUCUGAAUGAUUUUCUUAGAAGAAAUGAAAAUCAACAAUCAAUUCUAAAGAAGAAAAUUCGACAUGGAAGUGCUUGAUUGUCAUAUUGACUUGCAGCCAGUGAGGUGGAAAAAUGUUUGCCGCCUGCUGCUGUAGUUCUUUGUAUUCCAGCAGCCUAGUGUUCCAGCCAUCUUUGACCAGCCUUUCUUUGGUUUUGAUUGCAGACUUUUACAGACCUAGUUUUGUAGUUUGAAGAACUCUCUAAAGUGUCUUUGGCAACCAUUUCUACUCUCUUGAUCAACAUUUCCUCAAGGGAUUAUUACCAUGUUUGAGUCUUCAGUACCAGCCACACCAUCAAUGGUGAGUGCCAUCUUGUACAACCUCGAUACAAGUUGAAUGGAAGGAACUAUUUUGUGUGAUCAUGGUGCAUUAGAAUUGUCCUUGAAAGGGUAAGAAAAGCUCAAUCACUUGCUGAAAAGCCUGGAAUCACCAACUUUGCAAAGUGUUGCUGCAUAAGAAAUAAUAUGGAACAAAUUUACUAGGUUCUAGGGUCGCGGACCAUGUAGUUAUCUUUAAGAUGUAAGAAUACUAUCAGUUCUAUCGUCUCUAGGAUAAAAUAACUCAAAAUCUUAUAUGUUUUGGUCUUUUCUUGCAUUAAAUGGUGUUCGCAUUAAAAAAAUCAAGGAAAUUUCUUAAUGUACGCUUAAUAGUAUACCAUAUUUCACCAAAAAUAAAAUUAAUAGGCAUCCCAAAUAUAUGUCAUUUUGUAAAAUUUUCACUAUAAUAUCUAUUUCUCUCUCUGCCAUGGUAGCCCAGUAAAAGAAAGAUCAACACCUGUACUAGCCAUUUUUUAUGACUUUGCUAGUGACUCAAAUACUCUAGAAUAUUCAGCGAGGACCACAAGAUGAGCAAAUCACCUUUUGUAACAAAUUCUUGUUAUUCAGAAUAUUUUAUGUUAGAGGUUUAUAGCAAUGUGUAGAGAGUCUAUUGAACCCCAUUUUGUAAUUGUAUAUUCACCUCUUCUUUGCCAAAAAGGUGGUGGGGGCAUUCGUGUAUGAAUAAUGAUACGUGCACUCAAAAUAUGCACCCAAAUAUUAUACUCAGUGAUGUGUCAUUAUUUUUUAAAAUAGUGGGCCUCAAUUUUAAUAAAUGUGAUUGGCUAAAUUAAAUUGUCACAUCAUAUAUAUGGAUGCACA